AUGUACGAGCUGGCCAUGAAUCCGGCGGUUCAGGAUCGGCUCCUGGAUGAACUGGUCCGGGCAUUUGGCCGUAUCGAUGGCCGUACCGGUAGUACCGGUGCCGAAAACUACCCGACAUACGAUCAGCUAUCAAAGCUACCCUAUUUGGAUGCUGUAGUAUCGGAAACUCUGCGCAUGUAUCCGCCGGUUACUACUACCGAUCGCAAACUAGUGUCCAACACUGGCUAUAGGUUAGGCCAAACAGGUAUUACCCUAAGUCCCGGACAGGUAGUAUCCAUACCUAUCUAUGCUAUACAUCACUGCGACCGGUUCUACCCGAAUGCCGGGCAAUUCAAACCGGAUCGUUGGCUACUACCCGACCCAAUGAUGAUACCCUAUACAUACCUGCCGUUUGGUGCCGGCCCUCGCAACUGUAUUGGUAUGCGAUUUGCAUUGAUGGAAAUUAAACUCAGUUUGGCACAGUUGGUCAGGGGUUUCCAGUUUAGCCGUACCCCCCAAACAGCCGUUCCCCUAGAGUUCAGGAAAGUUGUCCGAUUGUGUUCAGCUAAAGAAAUUAUGGUCGGUAUUGAGGAAAGACAUUAAGGAAACAAAAAAUUAAAUUAGUU